AUGUCAUCCAAUGUUGGUCUCUCCACGCCACGCGGCUCCGGAACGUCAGGCUACGUUCAGCGCAACCUCUCUCUCCUGAAACCUCGUGCCGUCGGCGUCGGCGCCCCCUACAGCCUCGACUCCUCUGCCCGACAGCAAGCUCCGCAGACCCGGAAGCCCGACCAAGAAAUCCUAGACCAUGACCGCCUCCGCGCCAUCGAAGUCAAAGUUCUGGAAUUGCGGGAGAAGUUGGAAGAUGAUGACGAGCUUGACGAGGAGCAGAUCGACGAAGAGUGUGACAAGCUGCGAGAACAACUGACCAAGGAGAUGGAGCGGGAAAAGAACCGCGCCAGUGGGAGAUCAGCAGGAGGUGCCCGGAAAGCGGACGGAAGGGGACUCAAGAGCUACCAGGUGCACGAGUUGGCCGAGGCCAAGGAGCAAGAGAGUGAAAGGCUGCGAAGAGCACUUGGGUUGAAACCUGCUGAGAUUCCCCGUGACGACGAGCACCCUAUGGCAAAACAGGAGAAGAGAAGACGGGAGAGAGAGGGUGUUCCGGUGAAGACAGAAAGUGCGGAAUGA